AUGUCGGAACCGGAAUCAGAUAAUGUGACCUUUCCAGCUCUGGAAACGUAUCUCACAGAUGCAAAUGCCCCCGUUAUUGUGAGGGCGAACCAGAAGGACUCAUAUUUCGAAAACGUUCUUCGUGGUAAACUUCAAAAUGUGAUACAAAUAUUCAAAGGCCAAAGAAUGGUCCAUACACACCCGGAGGAAAUAACCGUUGGUGCAAAAGCAUUGUAUCUUGCGCUAACCACUCUACUAGGCUCCAAGACGUUGGGCGAGGAGUAUACCGAUUUGAUAUACGUGUCAAGAAACAAGAAGAGGAUUCCCAAGGUGCUGACGCGUCUGACAUUUAUUCUCUCGUAUACGGUGUUGCCCUAUUAUAUUUCGCGAUGGUUGAGGCGUGUGCAACUUCGUGAGGAAAAAGAGGAAGAUGAGAAGACUGCGACUUCCAAAGUUAAGAGGAGAUUGCUGGGAUUUUUCAAAGCCGUUUCUUAUGUAAAGGCUGUUGAUGUGUUACUGAAUAUUCACAUUGCGAUUUUCUACUUUUACGGGAGUUACUACAAUUUUUCAAAAAGACUGCUUGGAAUGCGGUAUGCUUAUGGUCACAAGGUCAAUGAGCAAAAUGCCCCUAAGGGUAACUACGAGUUGCUGGGUGCGUUGAUUAUGCUGCAGUUGUUUCUCAAGGGAGUUGGAAAGGUGGACUCGGUGAUUCAACAGGAGAAAUUGAAACAGGUAAAUGCCAGCGCGGAGGAUGACAAUAAUGAUGAAGGAGACGGUGUAUUCUAUGAUGCUCCUAUCCAGGACGAAGAUAACCAGUUCGAGUCGGCGAUUGAUCUGUCAGACCCGGAUGUUCUACCUUAUAUCCCCGAGGAUUCGCGAAAGUGCAUGCUGUGUCUGUCAUAUAUGACUAACCCGUCUUGCGCGCAAUGCGGCCACUUUUUCUGUUGGGGCUGUAUAUUGGACUGGUGCAGGGAGAACCCUCAUUGUCCGUUGUGCAGACAACCUGUUUUGGAACAGCAUUUAUUGCCAUUGAGAUGA